AUGCAUCCACACCCACACCUUAUAUCUUCAUCUAAAAUAAUCUUGGCUUCAAGUCUCAAUACAUUGAAUUCUUCAUUGUUAGAUAAUGUGUUAUUAGCUGUCCAAGGUGUUCUUGAAUGUUGGACAAAACUUCCAAAUGUUCAUUCAAUAAAAAAUGGAUUUAAAAUAGCUGAAAAAGAACCAAUCGAUGUUAUAAAUGUGACACAAAGUCAUGAUGAACAACAUUUAUACAUAACAGGUGCUUUUGCUUUUUGUGGUCAUCGUGAAAUUGUUCAAUCACCUUAUCUUACUCAAUUAAUCGAAUUAUUUAAUUCAACAAUACACUCUUAUUUAUCUGAUGAAAUUGAAGCAAGUGAAUCAGAAAUUCUUCCAAAAAGAUUUUGUAUUCGUCCAAUGACUCCAGAUGGAAUGCCUAUCAUCACUCAAUUAUCUACUGAGAAUAAAAAACAACAAGUUUAUUUUGUUGCUGGCACAAAUGCUGGAGGAUUUAUUGAAUCUUCAGUUUUAGCAGCAAUUCUUUUAGAUUUAAUUGAAGGUUCAACAAGCGAUACAAAUCUUUGUCAUGUUUAUAGAUCUUUACGUCUUGACAGAAAUACUUUAUUAUUUAAUUAA